AUGGCCCUCAAUCUGGGUCCCAUGGGCGCCGGUGAUACUGGAACAGGGCCUCACACUCUGCCCUCUCUCCCGUCUCUGCCCGCCCACCUUCAGUCAGACACCCAUCUGACUGCCCACCUCGCCAGUCGCUUCCAUGCUUCCCGACCGACGGCCAACCUCUCCUCUCACGGCCUCAUCUCUUUUAAUACAUAUACCUCCUCCACCAGGGGUCCCGAUGGCGGCACCGAGGGUAGCGCCAUGGCCGGCGCCGAGGAACUCGCCAACAGGGCAUGGUUGAGGCUCGGCCAUCGUACUGAGAACCAGGCUGCCGUCUUCCUUGGCGAGUCCGGCUCCGGAAAAUCCACUAUUCGCUCUCACUUCCUCACGGCCAUCCUCAACAAGUCAUCGACACCACUGUCUACCAAGCUCUCCCACGCUGCUUACGUCUUUGACACCCUCACAACCACCAAGACAGCCACCACCCCGACAGCCUCCAAAGCUGGUCUCUUCUACGAGCUGCAGUACGACACGUCCGUCACCACCAAUCCCACUCUGCUUGGUGGUAAGCUCCUGGAUCACCGCCUAGAGAGGAGCCGUGUGACCAACGUGCCCACCGGCGAGCGAAACUUCCACGUCCUCUAUUACCUCCUGGCCGGCACCAGCCCCGCUGAGAAGAACCAUCUGGGUCUCGAGGACGCCCAGCGCUGGAGGUACCUUGGCCACCCCACCCAGCUCAAGGUCGGCAUCGACGACGCCGAAGGCUUCCAGCUCUUCAAGAAUGGCCUCCGCAAGCUCGAAUUCCCUCGCAGCGACAUUGCCGAAAUCUGCCAGAUCCUCGCCGCCAUCCUGCACCUCGGCCAGCUCGAGUUCGAGACGGCUAAUGACACUCGUGCCAACGGUAAUGAGAGCGGUGGCUUCUCUCACGAGGGCGGCAACACCUUUACUGCAGUGAGAAACAAGGAUGUUCUUGCCAUUGUCGCUGCCUUCCUUGGCGUCAGCGCCGCUGAUCUCCAGAGGACCCUGGGCUACAAGAACAAGAUCAUCAGCAAGGAGCGCGUCACCGUCAUGCUCGACCCUAACGGUGCUCGUGCCCACACCGAUGAGCUUGCCCGCAUGCUUUACUCUCUCGUCGUCGCCUGGAUCAUGGAGGGCAUGAAUCAGCGAGUCUGUGCCCCCGAGGAGGACAUUGCCAACACGAUCUCCAUUGUCGACUUCCCCGGUUUCUCCCAGCAGGACGCCACCAGGUCCACUCUCGACCAGCUUCUCAACAACGCCGCCGCUGAGUCUGUCUACAACGUCGCCCUCCACCACUUCUUCGACCGCAAGACCGAGAUUCUCGAGUCUGAGGAGGUCAGCAUCCCACCCUCCAGCUACUUCGACAACACCGACACCGUCCGGGGCCUGCUCAAGUCCGGCAACGGUCUUCUCAGCAUUCUCGACGACCAGACCCGCCGAAACCGUACCGAUAUGCAGCUCCUCGAGGCCCUGCGGAAGCGUUUCGACGGCAAGAACCCUGCCAUCGAGGUCGGUGCCUCGAGUGCCAAGCUUCCCGGAAGCAACUUCUACACCCAGAACAUCUCUGCCGCCUUCACUGUCAAGCACUUUGCCGGUGAGGUCGACUACCCGGUCAAUGGCCUUAUCGAGGAGAAUGGCGAGGUCGUCUCGGGCGACAUCCUCAACAUGAUCAAGAGCAGCAAGAGCGACUUCGUCCUCAAGCUCAUGGGCCAGGAGGCCCUCAAGACCGUCACCCACCCCCACGAGCGCUCUGCCAUCAUGCAGGCCACCAUCAGCUCCAAGCCUGCUCGUGCUCCCAGUGUUGUCUCCCGCAAGGGCAGGGGCAGAGGCCCCGCUGCUUACCGGCAGCGGCAGCUCAAGGCCAUGGAGGCUUUGGAGACUGGAAGCGACGGCGGCGAGUCAUUGCCGAACUCGGCGAAGGCCCUCUCCGAGCAGGGCGCUUCCGGCCAGUUCCUGUCGUCUCUCGACAGUGUGCAGAAGGUCCUGAACAGCCACAACAUGAACGCCUACUUCAUCUUCUGCCUGAAGCCAAAUGAUCGUCGCAUCGCCAACCAAUUUGACAGCAAAUGCGUCAGAACCCAGAUGCAGACUUUUGGAAUCGCCGAGAUCAGCCAGCGCCUCCGCCUGGUUGACGUUGACAUUUUCCUGCCAUUCGGCGAGUUUCUCGGCCUCACCGACACGGAGACGAUGCUCAUCGGAAGUGAACGUGAGCGCACAGAGGUCCUUGUCGAGGAGAAGCGAUGGCCGCACAACGAGGUCCUCCUCGGCUCUACCGGUAUUUUCCUCAGUGAGCGAUGCUGGAUGGAGAUCACCCACCUCAGCGAAGGUGGUGGUGCCAUUGGUGCUCGCAACCUGGGAUCGGACGGACAGUCGCCGCAGGGUGACCAGAUGCCCUUCUCGGCCUCGAGGGAGAACAUCCUGAACUCUGGCAACACCCCGCUCAUGUACGGCGAGAAGAACCACGGUGGGUACUACUCUGGUGACGACAGCCGUUCUGAGGCCGGCGCGUCGGCCAUGGGCGCGGGCGACAUGUUCAAGAACCUCGACACCCGCGAGCAGAUGGCCGAGCGGGGUAACGAGAAGAACAUGGUCGAGGUCGAGGAGUACAAGGACAGCCCGAGCCGCAAGCGUUGGCUGUUCCUGGUCUACCUGCUCACCUGGUUCGUGCCCGAUUUCCUGAUCAAGUGGAUCGGUCGCAUGCCCCGCAAGGACGUCCGCCUGGCCUGGCGAGAGAAGCUGGCCAUCAACUUCAUCAUCUGGUUCACGUGCUGCUUCUUCGUCUUCAUCAUCAUCGGCUUCCCUAUGGCCAUCUGCCCGAAACAGGAUGUCUAUAACUCAGCAGAGCUGUCGGAUUACAAUGGCGCCAAGGGGUCCAAGGGAUCCUACGUGGCCAUCCGUGGACACGUCUUUGACCUGGGCAAGUUCAUGCCGCACCACUACCCGCCGUUCCUGUCGGACAAGUUGCUCAAGAACUUUGCCGGCACCGAUGCCAGCGCUUUGUUUCCUGUCCAGGUCUCGGCCCUGUGCCAGGGCAAGGACGGCACCGUCGACCCCACCGUGACGUUGGACUAUAAGAGCACCAAUAUCUCCGGCUCGCCUACCGUGGCCGACGUCUCGGACAUCUACUACAAGUAUCACGACUUCCGCUACUACACCAACGACUCCCGCCCCGACUGGUACCUGGAGCAGAUGACGAUGCUCAAGGCCAACUACAGGAAGGGUGCCAUCGGCUACACGCCCAAGUACAUCAAGAAGCUGGCCAAGAAGAACAACGCCGUCGCCAGCAUCAACGGCCGCGUCUACGACCUGACCACGUACUUGACUGGUGGAUUGCGUCUCAAGGCCAAGGCGGGCGAGACCCCGCCCAAGGACGACAAGCUGACCGACUUCAUGGACUCCUCGCUCGUCGAUCUCUUCCAGUCGAGAUCCGGAGGUGACAUCACCAAGUACUGGAACAGGCUCAACCUCGACGAUGCGGCCAAGACACGCAUGCUCACCUGCCUUGACUGGCUCUUCUACGUCGCUGACGUCGAUACCCGUAACUCGGUCAAGUGCAAGUUUGCCAGCUACCUCAUCCUAGCCAUCACCAUCCUGAUUGCGUCCAUCAUCGCCUUCAAGUUCUUCGCCGCCCUGCAGUUCGGAAGCCACUCGGUCCCCGAGCACCUGGACAAGUUCGUCAUGUGCCAGAUCCCCGCCUACACCGAAGACGAAGACUCAAUUCGCCGUGCUAUCGACUCGGCGGCGAGGAUGCGCUACGAUGACAAGCGUAAGCUCCUCUGCAUCAUCUGUGACGGAAUGAUUAUUGGUCAGGGCAACGACAAGCCUACGCCUAGGAUCGUCCUCGACAUCCUGGGCGUGUCCGAAGCGGUCGAUCCGGAGCCGCUGAGCUUUGAGUCUCUGGGCGAAGGCCAGAAGCAGCACAACAUGGCCAAGGUGUAUUCGGGUCUGUAUGAGGUGCAGGGUCACAUCGUCCCCUUCGUCGUCGUCGUCAAGGUCGGCAAGCCUUCGGAAGUCUCUAGGCCAGGCAACCGUGGUAAGCGUGACUCGCAGAUGAUCCUGAUGCGCUUCCUGCACCGUGUUCACUACAACCUGCCUAUGAGCCCCAUGGAGCUGGAGCUGUAUCACCAGAUACGCAACAUCAUCGGCGUAAAUCCGACGUUUUACGAAUUCAUCUUCCAGAUCGAUGCUGAUACCGUCGUGGCUCCCGAUUCGGCAACGCGUAUGGUGGCUUCCUUCAUGUCUGAUACGCGUCUGAUCGGUGUCUGUGGAGAGACUGGCCUGUCCAACGAGAAACACUCCAUCAUCACCAUGAUCCAGGUGUAUGAGUACUGGAUUUCCCACAAUCUAGCCAAGGCUUUCGAGAGUCUGUUUGGUUCCGUGUCUUGUCUGCCCGGUUGUUACUCUAUGUACCGUGUCCGCGCGGCCGACUCUGGCAAGCCGCUGUUCGUCAACCGCGACAUAGUGGACGCCUACUCGGUGAUCCGUGUCGAUACGCUCCAUACCAAGAACCUGCUGCACCUGGGAGAAGAUCGAUACCUGACGACGCUGCUGCUCAAGUACCACCCGACAUACAAGACCAAGUACAUCUCGUCUGCCCACGCCUGGACCAUCGCCCCCGAGUCGUGGGAAGUGUUCCUGUCGCAGCGUCGUCGCUGGAUCAACUCUACCGUGCACAACCUCGUGGAGCUCGUCCCUAUGCAGCAACUCUGUGGCUUCUGCUGCUUCGGUAUGCGCUUCAUCGUCUUCGUCGAUCUCCUGUCUACUGUUGUGCAGCCCGUGACGGUGGCCUACAUUGCCUACCUGAUCUACCUGUGUGUGUCCAAUCCCGACGUGAUACCCGUGACGGCCUUCAUCCUCCUCGGUGCCAUCUAUGGCCUGCAAGCCAUCAUCUUCCUGCUGCACCGCAAGUGGGAGAUGAUUGGCUGGAUGUUGAUCUACAUGCUGGCCAUCGCCGUCUUCAGUCUGGCCCUGCCGCUGUACUCGUUCUGGAACAUGGAUGACUUCAACUGGGGUAACACGCGUGUGGUCGAGGGCGAAAAGGGCAAGGUCGUCGUGACGGACGAGGGUAUCUUCGAUCCCAGCUCCAUCCCCCGCAAGAAGUGGGAGGAGUACCAGGCCGAGCUGUGGGAGACGCAGACGGGCACCGGCCGGGCCGGAGACGACGCCCGCUCCGAGAUGUCCGGCUUUAGCUACGGCACCAAGGCGCACCCCUAUGUCAGCGAGGACCCCUUUGCCGCCAGCCGCUCGGCCUCGACGCUUGGCUUCCACCAGCAGCACAACAACAGCGGGUACCAGCUUCCCGCCUACGACUCCCGUAACAACUCGCGCAUGUCACUCGCCAAUUCCGAGGUUGGCCUCAACAAUAUCCGCAUGAGCACCUUCAACGUCAACCACAACGCCAGCUCACCUUUCUUCUCGCCAGAGGAUCACGCCGAUCUGCCGAGCGACGAUGCCCUGCUUGCCGAGAUUCGCGAGAUUCUGCGCACAGCCGAUCUCAUGACCGUCACCAAGAAGGGUGUCAAGCAGGAGCUCGAGGGGAGGUUUGGCGUUGCUCUCGAUGCCAAGAGGGCUUAUAUCAAUAGCGCGACCGAGGCCAUCCUAUCUGGGCAAAUCUAA